CCCGGCUCCUCAACACAAACUUUCCGUCCCGCUCGCUCCCUCCUCCGCGCUCGGCGCCUCCCGCUCCAGCCCGGCUCAUUCCGCACAUUCCGGCCAGCCCCCUCCCCACGACCCCCCUUCCCCGGCCCCCCUCGCGGCUCCCUCGGGCCCGGCGGAGCGGCCCGGCCGGAGCGCCCCCGCGAGCUCGGACCAGGCUCAGCCGCCCAGCGGGCUCAGGCCCAGAGCCCAGAGCAACCAGCACAAUAGCGUCCAACAGCUGGAACGCCAGCAGCAGCCCCGGGGAGGCCCGGGAGGAUGGGCCCGAGGGCCUGGACAAGGGGCUGGACAACGAUGCGGAGGGCGUGUGGAGCCCGGACAUCGAGCAGAGCUUCCAGGAGGCCCUGGCCAUCUACCCGCCCUGCGGCCGGCGGAAGAUCAUCCUGUCAGACGAGGGCAAGAUGUACGGCCGAAAUGAGUUGAUUGCACGCUAUAUUAAACUGAGGACGGGGAAGACUCGGACGAGAAAACAGGUGUCCAGCCACAUACAGGUUCUAGCUCGGAAGAAGGUGCGGGAGUACCAGGUUGGCAUCAAGGUCUCUAGCCACUUGCAAGUUCUAGCCAGGCGGAAAUCUCGGGAGAUUCAGUCUAAGCUGAAGGCCAUGAACCUGGACCAGGUCUCCAAGGACAAAGCCCUUCAGAGCAUGGCGUCCAUGUCCUCUGCCCAGAUCGUCUCUGCCAGUGUCCUGCAGAACAAGUUCAGCCCACCUUCCCCUCUGCCCCAGGCCGUCUUCUCCACUUCCUCGCGGUUCUGGAGCAGCCCCCCUCUCCUGGGACAGCAGCCUGGACCCUCUCAGGACAUCAAGCCCUUUGCACAGCCAGCCUACCCCAUCCAGCCGCCCCUGCCGCCGACGCUCAGCAGUUAUGAGCCCCUGGCCCCGCUCCCCUCAGCUGCUGCCUCUGUGCCUGUGUGGCAGGACCGUACCAUUGCCUCCUCCCGGCUGCGGCUCCUGGAGUAUUCAGCCUUCAUGGAGGUGCAGCGAGACCCUGACACGUACAGCAAACACCUGUUUGUGCACAUCGGCCAGACGAACCCCGCCUUCUCAGACCCACCCCUGGAGGCAGUAGAUGUGCGCCAGAUCUAUGACAAAUUCCCCGAGAAAAAGGGAGGAUUGAAGGAGCUCUAUGAGAAGGGGCCCCCUAAUGCCUUCUUCCUUGUCAAGUUCUGGGCCGACCUCAACAGCACCAUCCAGGAGGGCCCGGGAGCCUUCUAUGGGGUCAGCUCUCAGUACAGCUCUGCUGAUAGCAUGACCAUCAGCGUCUCCACCAAGGUGUGCUCCUUUGGCAAACAGGUGGUAGAGAAGGUGGAGACUGAGUAUGCCAGGCUGGAGAACGGGCGCUUUGUGUACCGUAUCCACCGCUCGCCCAUGUGCGAGUACAUGAUCAACUUCAUCCACAAGCUGAAGCACCUGCCCGAGAAGUACAUGAUGAACAGCGUGCUGGAGAACUUCACCAUCCUGCAGGUGGUCACGAGCCGGGACUCCCAGGAGACCCUGCUUGUCAUUGCUUUUGUCUUCGAAGUCUCCACCAGUGAGCACGGGGCCCAGCACCAUGUCUACAAGCUCGUCAAAGACUAGGGUGCCCUCUGCGCCUCCUUAAGGAUGCAGGGUGAGCAUCUCCUCUCCACACCUGCCUGGCACCCCUGGGGGGGUCCAGGAUUGAGGAUUCAUCUACCUGCCAGGCCUCAGCAGGCCCAGGACCCAGGAGGCCUCCCCACCUACCCCAGCACACACACUCCCUGCCACUGUUCUGCGCUUUAAUUGUGGGAGAAGAGAGGAGAGGAGGGCUCAGCGGUGGGGCAGCCUGUCCGGGGCGCUGACCCACCAUCACCCUGCUCUGCCCAGCCUCACGUGACCUCAGAGAGGUGGGGAUAGGGGACACCUUCAGCCUCCAGCAUGUGUGGCCACUGUCCCCCCACCCACCCUUGGGGAAGCAUGAUGGGCAGGUGAGGGCAGGAUGGAGACCAAGGGAGUCAGUGAGCAGAGGCCCUGGGAGUGUCCAGUCGGGGUUGGACUGAGGACAGAGGGGCCCACACUUCCUUGCCCCUUUGUGUCCCAGGCCUGGUGCCCAGACUCCUUGCAUGGCUUGUGUGGUCCUCAGACUCUGCACAGCGAGCACAGGUCUCUGGGUUUCAGAUGAAGUGCCCAGGCUCCAGGAAGUUGAGGGACCCACAGGAGAGGUGGGCAGAGCUGGAGUUCUCAUCCAGGGCUGCUUGUCCCCAGAGCCCAGGUUUAUACUACCUCCCUGGGGCAGGGGCUGGCCGCAGGGUAGGGGAGAGGCUCUGCAGUGUGGAGUGGAGCCUCAUCGAGGGGCGCUGGGUUAGGGGAGCACCUGUUUCAGACUGGGCAUGAAGAAGGGAGCAUAGCAGCUACUAGACCCCAUUAGCACCUCAUUAGCCCACAAGCCAGCCAGGGGCCCCAGGAAGAUGGGGCACCCCCCAGCACCCUCCAGAUUGAGAGCAAGGUAGAGGAAGGAGUCCCAGCCUCUGGGCAGACCAGAGGCCCAGAGGGAGAGAGUAGCAGAAGGCUUUUGAUUUUUCUCUUGCCUGAGGCUUGAAUCUGACAAACCCUUGGUGGGCACUGCUCCCUUAGGUUCUUCCCCACCUCAAUCUACCUGCCUAGAGUAGCAGCUCCCAGACCCAGUUCUGGGACUGAAGGUUAACCCUUCACCUGCUGUCCCUUCUUAACACCCAGGCCCCCAGAGCCAGCUGGGCCUGUCCAGCAGCCACCUGUGGGUAUUUAUGAGUUUCAUAUGAAGUACUGUGCCCCUUCCCUUCCUCAUCCCGACCCUGCCCGAGCUUCCUGAAGGUCCUCACUGUUUGCAUAUCGCUCAGGCCACCUCCAAACCCCACCUAGGUUUUAUAAUGUAUAUUAUAUAUUUUUUUGUGUAUUUUUAAAAUCCAGCUGUGAUGGGUUAUAUCAUAAAUGCAGCUUGGGGUUGGAGCAGGGGCCCUCAAGGCCCAGCUCCUGCUCAAAAAAAAAAAAAAAAAAAAAAAUUAAA